CAUGGUCUUAAGUACCCGUGAGUAUUGUAUUAGUUAAGUUAUGCUCUCUAACCAAUCAAAUCGAUUCUAAUCUAGUAGUGCAAGUAGAAAAUAUUUGUAGCUACACCCUAAUCUAUUACAUUUGGUCAACAAUUUUUCCAACAAAUCCUUAUCGCGUCGUCCACGUCACGCAAUCUAUCACCUCAUCGCAUCACAUCUAUAUUCCCUGCUUGUCCACCAUCUCGCACUCAAAAAUCUAAUGGGCUUCAACCAGAGAGACGACUUGAUAGAAUCAAUUCCCUGAUGAAGUUAUAGAGUACAUACUAUUUUACUCUGGUUGUACAGUUUUCUUGAUUUUAUAUUUUUUUCCCUUACCCAGCUUGUUGCCAAUUUUGUUGCCCUUCAUUCUUGCUCCAUGGCCGGUGCUUACAACCCAUUACUGAUUAAUUCUCACUUUCGGGAAAAUUCAAGAUUCUGGGCCUCUAAGAUGGAAUGUUCAAGUAUCACUUUCCCUUCAAGUGUGGACUUUCCAAGACUCGAUUUUUACCCGAAUUUAGCUUCCACCUCUACUUCUAAGGAAUAUGGUGGUAGAGUAAAUUGUUUAUUGAACGAUGAUGGUUCCAUGAACGAGAAGAUGCCCACACCUAUGCUCGAUAUGAUUGAAAGCCCCAUGAAUUUAAAAAACCUAUCUUCAAAGGAAUUAAGGCAGUUAGCUGAUGACAUUCAGUCAGAAUUGUUGUUUAUAUCAUCAAAAACACAAAAAUCAGUUAGAGCCAGUCUAUCAGUCGUCGAACUAACUGUUGCUAUUCAUCAUGUUUUUAGUUGCCCCCUUGACAAAAUACUGUGGGAUAUGGAGGAUCAAACAUAUCCACAUAAACUUCUAACUGGGAGAAGGCCUUUAAAUUAUAAAGAUAGAACACCAGGUGAUCAAUCAAGCUAUACAUCUAGUGCAUAUGAUCCACUUGGCGCAGGACAUGGAUGUAGCAGCAUAUCUUCUGGACUUGGAAUGGCAGUUGCACGGGAUAUUAAAGGAAAAAAAGAACGUGUAGUUGCAGUUAUCAGCAACGAGACAACCACGGCUGGCCAAGUUUACGAGGCUAUGAGUAAUGCAGGUCACUUGGAUUCGAAUAUGAUUGUGAUAUUGAAUGAUAGUCAUCACUCUUUAGAUCCAAAAUUCGAGCAAGUCCCCAAGGCAUCAAUCAAUGCUUUGUCAACUACUCUGAGCAAGCUUCAAUCAAGUAAAUUUUUCUGGACGUUUAGAGAAUUUGCUAAGGUUCUUACGAAGAAAAUUGGCCAUGGGAUGCACGAGUGGGCUGCAAAAGUGGAUGAGUAUGCACGUGGUAUGGUUGGCCCUACUGGAUCGACUCUAUUUGAGGAGCUUGGGUUGUACUAUAUUGGCCCAAUAGAUGGCCACAACAUUGAGGACCUUGUAUGUGUUUUACGUGAAGUUGCAUCACUGAAAUCCACGGGUCCUGUUCUUGUACACGUCAUAACAAAAGAAGAUUGCAAAGUAGAAGAUAGCCAAACAAGUAUAAGCUCUGAGCCUGAGGAACAUCAUGAAGGUUCCAAAGGCAUUGACUCGUUGCAGAACAAUACUCGGCCUCAGACAUAUAGUGACCGCUUGGUAGAGGCUUUGAUCACGGAGUCUAAAAAAGAUGAAGAUAUUGUGGUGGUCCAUGCAGGAAUGGGAAUGGAGCCGUCAUUUCUAUUGCUAAGAGAUAAGUUGCAAGACAAGUUUUUUCAUGUUGGCAUGGCUGAGCAGCAUGCGGUGACAUUCUCGGCUGGUCUUUCGCGCGGAGGAUUGAAGCCCUUUUGUAUAAUUCCCUCUGCAUUUCUCGAGAGAGCAUAUGAUCAGGUGAUUCAUGACGUGGACCGGCAAAAGAUUCCCGUACGUUUCGUGAUCACGGGUGCAGGAUUGGUGGGGUCGGAUGGCGCAACUCAUUCUGGGCCAUUUGAUAUUACAUUUAUGUCGUGUCUUCCAAACAUGAUAGUGAUGGCACCUUCUGAUGAGAUCGAGCUCGUUCGUAUGGUAAAGACUGCCGUACACAUUCAUAAUAGGCCUGUUUGCUUUAGGUACCCAAGAGGCGCAGUUGCUAUGUCCGAACCUGACUCAUAUGUUGUGGAAACAAUUGAGGUUGGUAAAGGGCGAAUACUUGUGGAGGGAAAAGAUAUUGCCCUUUUGGGUUUUGGUUCGAUGGUCCAAAAUUGCCUAAGGGCACAUUCUCUUCUGGCAAAGAUGGGCAUUGAUAUUACAGUUGCGGAUGCACGUUUUUGCAAGCCGCUAGAUAUAAAUUUAGUGAGGAUAUUGUGCAAGAACCACAAAUUUCUUAUCACGGUCGAGGAAGGGUCGAUUGGAGGAUUUGGAGCACAUGUUGCACAAUUUAUUUCUCUUGAUGGGCUGCUUGAUGCUGGAAUUAAGUGGCGCCCAAUUACUCUGCCUGACAACUACAUAGAGGGUGCUUUGCCAGAAGAUCAGCUUGCUCUUGCCGGCCUAACCGGAAAUCAUAUUGCUGCUACUGCACUGAAUCUGCUCGGUCGAACUCGUGAUGCACUUCUCUUGAUGUGUUAGUGUCUAUUUUAAUUAUGGGACUUAAUGUGAUUGUCAAGAAGAAAAAAAAAAAAUUAAAAAUAUAUAUGAGAAGGAAAUCGUUUUGGUAGAUUGAGCUAAAGGCACAGGAUAAGAGCUAAUUUACUCGGAGGUUAAAUUUGUCCAACGUGUUGCUUUAUUUAUUUAUUUAUUUUUUUUUUA